GAGGUAGAAUGUCAAUUGAGCUCACCCCGUCCCCUACCUGGUAGAUCCCACGUAUCAUCAUUUGUGUGCGCACUACCUCACCAAGUCGCCUCACUGCUACCUCCGUUCCUCGCCUUACCCGACUGCCGUCGCGUGAUUUCCGUCGCAGCACGUCAAAUCUGUUCCGCGGAGCUCGCGUGUAGCGUGAAUCGCGUAAAGGAGGCGAUUCGGCAGAUCGGAUUCACAGCCCAGAGGCCGCCAUGGCGCACUGGAGCCCCUACGACAACAACGGCGGCACGAGCAUGGCGGUGGCGGGGGUCGACUUCGCCAUCGUGGCGGCGGACACGCGCCUGUCGACGGGGUACAGCAUCUACACGCGCAACCACUCCAAGGCCCUCCAAAUCUCGGACCGCUGCGUGCUGGUGAGCUCGGGCUUCCAGGCGGACAGACGCAUGCUGCAGAAGGUGCUGCUGCAGCGACACGAGGUGUACCAGCAGCAGCACAACGAGGAGAUGUCGUGCGAGGCGAUGGCGCAGCUGCUGGCCAACACGCUCUACUACAAGCGCUUCUUCCCCUACUACACCUUCAACGCCCUCGCUGGACUCGACGUCAACGGCGUGGGGUGUGUGUACGGGUACGACGCAGUGGGGUCGCAUGAGCGCCUGGGGUACGCGGUGCACGGCACGGGGCAGCAGCUCGUGGUGCCCGUGCUGGACAGCCAGCUCAAGGCCGCCAACCCCCUCGUGCUGCCACCACAGCCGCUAGCAACGAAGCUGUCGCAGGAGGAGGCGGUGGACCUCAUCAAGGACACAUUCGCCUCCGCAGCCGAGCGAGACAUCUACACCGGCGACGCGCUGGAGAUCAUUGUCAUCGACAAGAGCGGCGUGCGGCGGGAGACCAUGGAUCUGCGCAAGGACUGACACCGCCGCACCCUGCUGUAGAUAGAUACAGUACAUUGGACGGGGCUUAGCUCAUAUAUGCGCCAAGAACAGUGUGUAAUACAAAUGUCUAUGUUCCACGCCCCCCCCCUCCCUUCUCAGAGCCUCUAUCCAGACGGAUUAUAGUGU